AUGGCGCGCAAUGAAAGACGGGCAAGGCGGACUACGCCGUGCGAGGCGGACUACGCCGUCUGUUUGUUCUUCGCCGGCUGUCGGAUUCCCGAACACCACGCCGACAACCCGUUGUGGCGCAACAUGGUCAGCGCCUUUAACAACGCACCCCACGGUUACGUCGCGCCGCGACGGAAGUACGUGGGAGGAGCUGGGCUGAAGCAAUGCCGCACGAGCAUCGAAAAGGGGCUUCAGCCAAUCGCCGCGAGGGAUGGCGUCACCGUCUCCUCCGACUUGAUGACUGAUCGGUGCGGGAGGCCGCAGGCGAACGUCAUGCUGGUCAACGAUUCGGGAGCGGUGUUCGUUGAGGCUAUCGACUGCAACAUGGAGUCAAAAACCGGCGGCUACAUCGCGUCUCUCCUCCGCCCCAUCAUCGAGAAAGUGGGGCCCGAAAACGUAGUCGCUCUUUGCAUGGACGGAGGCUCCAACUAUGGGGCCGCCAACAAGGAGCUGAUGGCGGAUUGGCCCCAUAUUGAGUACGUGCCGUGCGCUACGCACGUGCUCGACCUCCUGAUGGAGGACGUGGGCAAGAUCACGUGGUGCAAAGACAUUGUGGAUUUGUGCGGAGACAUGAUCACAUACGUCCGCAACCACCAUUUCACCCGCAACUACCUGAGGAGUAAGAAGGUGAAGAAAGGAAAGGGGAAGCAACUUGUGAAGCCGGUGGGGACCAGGUUCGGCACCAACUACAUCGCCCUCUCCAGGCUCGUCGAGCUGCGGUCCACGCUGUCGCAGAUGGUGCUGAACGAGGAGUUCGCCAACUGGUCGGCGGGGGCUAGGAAGCAGACGGCGGAUACGUUCCGCGGCCAAAUCAUGGACGAUGCAUGGUGGAAGAACGCUACCUACCUGGCGGAGCUCUUGGCGAUUCCAUUCAAGGUGAUGCGGGCCACGGACAGCAGCGCCAAAGGGAUGAUGGGGACUAUCUACGACCUAAUGCUCCAGCUGACCGAGGACGUGAACGACAAGCUGGAAGCGGGGGAGAAGAUUCUGCCGCGGCAGUUGCGACUGACAUUGGGAAGAUUCUGCGGGAAAAGGGGAAUGGGGGUAGAAGUGCAGAUGCGGGGCGACGGGCAGCGGCCCGACGAGAAGUUGCGGGGCGACGGGCGGCGGCCCGACGAGAAGUUGCGGGGCGACGGGCGGCGGCCCGACGAGAAGCUGCGGGGCGACGGGCGGCGGCCCGACGAGAAGCUGCGGGGCGACGGGCGGCGGCCCGACGAGGAGUUGCGGGGCGACGGGCGGCGGCCCGACGAGAAGCUGCGGGGCGACGGGCGACGGCCCGACGAGAAGAGGUGA